GUUACCCUAUUUCUGACGGACUUACCGUGCAUUUCUCCUGUUUUUGGUGUAAAAUUAUUGGAUUCACCGUUUUUCUUUUACCAAAUUACUCUUUAACUGGUAAUUUAUUUGCUUCAUCCUCUCUUCUCAGCUCUCACACAACGACCCCAACUUCACCAACAUUAGAAUUCUAAGCUUGUUAUUCUGAACAUUGCGAAUUCAUGCUCAGAAACAAGACCCAACACUUGAAAAAGGCCGAACAAGAAUUUAAUGUCUAACAAAUCCAACUCUUGGUUUGUUUUAUGAAUCUUUCAUCUCUUCCUUUUCACUUCCGAUCCUUAAUCACAACACUCAUCCACUACAGUCGUCAAAAACUCCUCCAAAACGGCAAAGCUGUCCACGCCCACAUCAUCAAAACCGGGUCCUCUUCUUCCGUCCACGUCGCCAACAGCCUCGUCAACCUCUACGUCAAAUGUGGAGACUUACCCACAGCCAAGCUCGUGUUCGAGGCCACACCCAACAAGGACGUGGUCUCAUGGAACAAUCUCAUCAAUGCCUACUCUCACCAAGGCUCCUCCUCACUUGUCAUGGACCUUUUUCGACGCAUGAGGGCAGACAACACCAACCCAAAUGCCCACACUUUUUCUGGAGUCUUCACUGCUGCUUCCCAUGAAGCAUCUGACGUUUUUGGGGGGCAGAAGAUUCAUGCUCUUGCGAUCAAAGCAGCGAACUUUUUCGACGUGUUUGUUGGGAGUUCUUUACUUAAUAUGUACUGUAAAAUGGGUCUUGUGGGGGAUGCACGUAAGGUGUUUGAUAGAAUGCCUGAGAGGAAUUCGGUUUCGUGGGCUACUAUGAUUUCGGGGUAUGCAAUGCAACGCCUGGCUGGAGAUGCGUUGGAGCUUUUUGGGUUGAUGCGUAGAAGUGAGGAGAAUGAGGGAGAGAAUGAGUUUAUUUUGACUAGUGUUGUGAGUGCCUUGGCUGUUCCUGAGUUUGUUGAUACGGGGAGGCAAAUUCACUGUCUUGCGGUGAAAAAUGGGCUGAUGAGUUUUGUUUCUGUUGGGAAUGCGGUUGUUACAAUGUAUGCAAAAUGUGGAAAUUUGGACGAUGCGCUUAGAACUUUUGAAUUGUGUGGUGAUAAGAAUUCUAUCACAUGGUCUGCGAUGAUAUGUGGUUUUGCACAGAGUGGGGAUUCCCGGAAGGCUUUGAACUUGCUUCGAGACAUGUAUUUUGCGGGGAUAAAGCUGAGCCAGUACACGUUUGUUGGGGUCAUCAAUGCUUGUGGUGACAUUGGUGCUCUUAAAGAAGGACAACAAGUGCAUGGUUAUUUGUUGAAGAUGGGAUUCGAAUUGCAGGUAUAUAUAAUGUCAGCUUUGGUUGACAUGUAUGCCAAAUGCGGUAGAGUUUGUGAUGCUCGUAAUGGGUUUGAUUAUUUAAAAGAACCUGAUGUUGUUCUUUGGACUUCUAUGAUUGGAGGGUACGUACAAAAUGGGGAGUAUGAAGCUGCUUUGGGUUUGUACUGCAGAAUGCACAAAGAGGGAAUCAUGCCCAAUGAACUUACUAUGGCUAGUGUCUUAAAAGCAUGCUCGAGCCUAAGUUCUUUUGAACAAGGAAAGCAAAUCCAUGCCCGUACAAUCAAGUAUGGAUUCAGUCUUGAAGUUCCAAUUGGAAGUGCUCUUUCCACCAUGUAUGCAAAGUGUGGGAAUUUGGAAGAUGGGAAUCUUGUAUUUAGGAGGAUGCCAGUGAGGGAUGUAGUAGCUUGGAAUGGAAUAAUCUCUGGCCUUUCGCAAAAUGGUCGAGGGACAGAAGCUUUAGAGCUCUUUGAGGAGAUGCGAAUGGGGGAUACAAAGCCGGAUUACGUCACAUUUGUGAAUGUCCUCUCCGCUUGCAGCCAUAUGGGAUUUGUUGAGAGAGGAUGGAUUUAUUUCAAGAUGAUGUAUAAUGAAUUUGGCAUAGCCCCAAGGGUGGAGCAUUAUGCUUGCAUGGUUGAUGUCCUGAGCCGCGCUGGGAGGUUAGAUGAAGCCAAAGACUUCAUAGAAUCAGCAACUAUCGAUCAUGGCAUUUGUUUAUGGCGUAUUUUAUUAAGUGCUUGUCGUAACUAUCGGAAUUAUGAAUUGGGAGCUUAUGCUGGAGAGAAACUUAUUGAGUUAGGAACACCGGAAUCAUCUACGUAUGUGUUGUUGUCAGGCAUAUAUACUUCCUUGGGCAGGCGGGAAGAUGUAGAGCGGGUAAGGAGGAUGAUGAAUCUUAGAGGGGUGAGUAAGGAGCCUGGGUGUAGCUGGAUUGAGUUGAAGAGUCAGGUUCAUGUGUUUGUUGUUCAUGAUGAGAUGCAUCCGCAUAUUGAAAAUAUAUAUGCUGAGAUCCGAAGGUUAAAAAAGCAUAUGAAGGAUGAAGGUUACCAACCUUCUAGUAUGACCUUUUGAAGUUCAUGACAACUCAUCAGCAGGUUCAUACGUGGAGGUUCCAUUGUUUUUCCAGGAACUCAUGCAUUAUUUCUUUCCCUAACAAUUCAAAUUUUUGAGAGAAAAGAGUACCCGUUUCUUUUCUUCUGUUUGGCUUAAAACUCAUGAAAAACACAAUUAGAUCAAUUUACAAGGAAUAUCAUUAUAUCUUUUGAACUUGUUGCUAUUUAUGUUGUUUGAUGGAGUUGGCUGGUGUUAUCGUUGUUUGUUGUUGCUUGCUUUGUUUUUCCUUGGAUACGCUCUGUACAUUCUGUCUUGUUCCUUUUCUCAAAUCUGUACAUCCUUUCUUUGUCUUGAUAAAUUCUAUUUCUUAUCAAUAAAAAUGUGUCCAUUUUAUCUAAUAUGUGUAAUUAUUUCACACUCAAAUGACAAAUUAUUUAGUUCAU